CGCUGUCGUCGAGAUGCCGGAGAGGGGAAAGGUGGCACCAUUUUACUUUUUGGAGUAACUGAUAUCCUCGUUUGCGGCAGGUCUGCUCUGUGCCGCGCAUCCUGGCUCCCGGGAGGGCAGUACUACCUAAAGGUUAGAGCCGAAGAAGUACAGGGUUGUGGAGUCCGGGGGUCUAAACGCCACCGCGAGAUGACAAGACACCUUUGGGCUAGGUCUGAUGCGACUCUCGCCUCGCCCUGUAGGAGGGGGUGCCAGCAGGUCAUGCCAGUGUGGCUGAGUCAAGAAUUCCUGGCUGAAGAAUUCAAUUCCUCCUGGAGCGGUCACCUUCUUUGAGAUGACUCGGAAUCCCAUCUAUGAUUAUCCUGAGCCCUAUGCCAAUCCCCGGCACGAGGCCCAGGCGUCUCCACGGAACAUCAGCCUGGUAGGCCGGCUACGGCUCACCCAACCUGUGUGGCUCCAAAUGGGCAUCAACUCAGCAACAGCCCUUCACAUUUUGCAACGUGAACCUCCUGGGACUUUUCUGGUGCGCAGAUCAAACACACGGCAAUGCCAAGUUCUCUGCCUACGUCUCCCAGAUAAUUCAUCUCCAGUUUUUGUGACCACCUAUUGUCUCCACCAGGAACCUACAGUCAUCUCGCUAGAGGGCUCCGACAUGAAGUUUCCCAGCCUCUUGCAUCUCAUUGCAUCUUAUUGCUCCACACCGGACGUCCUUCCCCUCCCACUGCAUCUCCCCCAGCCCAUCCAGAAGGCCCCAUCCUGCCAGCAGCUGGAGGCCAUUGCACACUUGGGACUAGAAUUUUGGAGCUCGUCCUUCAACACCAGGGAGCCUGCCCAGCCAACCCCACUGGGGUCUCCUUUGAGUGUGGGCAGGGACCUUCUGCAGUUAUCUCUACUUAACCGUCAAGGACAGAACUGCAAGGAGGGAGAUCCCACCAGAGACCCGUCACUUACUGGAGUGCCACAUGGGAACGUGGGUGCCCGGCGUCAACACUUCAAGAGCAGCAUCAAGGUGCAAGUGUCCACAGAGGCCGCCAGCCCCCUGUCCCCACCAGCUGCCCCACCACCACCCAUUCCAGUGUGGAAGAAGAAGAAUCCACCCAAUCCACCCCGAUUUCCUGUCUCUUGUGGGGGAAGUUGGUCCUCCAGCUGUCACGCAUCACAUCAAGUUUCCUCACAAACCACGGUGAGGUCAGAGGCCUACCACGUGCCCUGCAGCAAUGGUGGGACUAAGGAGAGGGAGGCCAUGCAACAGUUUGGGGCCUCCUUCAGUAUAUCCCCUGUCUCCUCCUCGGGUCGGCUGCUGCGUGUUACAGAAGAGGAACAGCUAGAGUCACAUAAUAAGGGUUAUGACCUUGGUCAGCACCCUCCUCGGGACAUCCCAACCCAAGAAAGGGACACGAUGGGCACUGGAGUACCAGGCUCCACUUUUUCAUCCUCUGAGCCUUCAUGAGCAGUUCCAAAAGCUCGGCUUCUGUGGAACUUUGCUGAGGUGGGCCAGGGCCAGGGCUUCCCUGAGGAGGAUGGGAGUCUAGGGGUCAAAGAAGAGAGCAGAGAGGUUCUAGGGAAUAAAGUCUGGGACCUGGGAGUUUGGGGGUCAGGGCUUUUCAGUUAUCUGACUUUUCUGGAAAUCAGAAAAGGCUUUGUGUAACUCUGGCUUUGUGUAAGUCUUUGGUUCAUGUGGAUCUUUGGAUACCUUGAACACUCAUAAGCCACCCUAGAUAACAUCUCCACACAGAAAAUAAGUAGUAUCUCCUUCUUCUUUCCUUGCUGUCCCUUCUCUUAUUUCCCCUCUGUUCCUCCCCCCCCCGCCCCACCCCGCCCUCCCACACACACCUCCAUUCUCUGAGGUUCAUAUUGCACAGCAGUAUUGUGUGGACACUGGAACUGCGUGAUGGGUAUUUUAGUCAUUUUGUUAUGAUAUAACAUAUUUGAAUAUUACUUUGACUACAUGCUUGUAUUCUCAUUUUCCUUCAAUAAAC